UGCUCUGUGAACAUUGCAUGCUUUAGGAUAGGCUACGAGACGAUUUGGUCUCUCAUUGAAUGCUUUACCAAACUCUGUUUCUUUUGUUAUCUUCCAUUUUCAACCACUCCUUCUUCCUCUCCUACAUCACCUGCUUCUCUUCAGGUUGAAACUGAAAUGGAGUGUGUUAUUGUUGAAGCUGCUUUGAAAACAAGUUUUCGAAAGGAGAUGGGUUUCAGAAAUUCACCAGCAGCUAUUUUUGAUGAUUUACGUGCACCCAACAAUGUGCAGCAAAACGUCGCGUCGUCUGAUGACUUUAUUGUUGACGAACUCUUGGAUUUCUCUAAUGAAGACGAUGAGCAAGACCUGGUUCUACAAGAAGAUGGUGGAAAACAACAAACCCAGCAACAAAAAGAAUUUUUAGAUGAUAAAAUUAGUGAGUUCGGUGGAAAGGUUGAUUUUGAGUGUAUUCCGACGAGUGAACAUUGCAGCAGACCCACGCCGGUGGGUCUGCUUCACAGAAUCGUGAAUAUGACCCCUCAAACUUAA